UUUUGGGGAGUUGCUCUCAUCCAGUCUCGCCGUUUACCCGCAGACGGCAGGAAGCUCCGGCGACGCGAGGGCGAGCUGCGCCUCCGGUGUCCCUCCAACCCGGCGAGGCAGCGGUCUCGGCGUCCACCUCGCGCGCGACGAGGCAAGUGCCGCCUCGGCAGCCAGCAGGCCCGCGGGUCCAGGGAAACGGUUGCUGCACGAGCUUGGCGAGGCAAGCGAUAAGCCUCCUAAACCACAGUCCACCACCACUCGUACAGCCGAUUCCUCUCACCGUGCUGGCACCGAUGGCGACGAACCCGGGCGUCCUCUGCCGCGCUUCACCCCGACCACCGCCUGCGUCAACGGCCGCCGCCCAUUUGCACUCCCUCUCUUCCUCCUCCGCCUCCGAACACAUUCCCCAUUCGACUCAGCGCGGCCGCCUCGCCGCAGCUCCACCACCACCACCCCGUUGUGUAGCUAGUCCUACAAUUGCUAGUGUGAAAGACCAAACUGAGGCCGAAGUUGCAAUGGGGUACACUAUGACUGAAAUCUGCGACAAAUUCAUUGAGUUAUUCAUGUAUAAGAAACCAGAAACAAAGGACUGGAGAAAGUUAUUGGUGUUUAGAGAGGAGUGGCGAAGGUACAGGGAACACUUCUACAAGCGUUGUCAAGUCCGCAUAGAUAUGGACACUGAUCCUUCACUGAAACAAAAGUUGGUUGUACUUGCUAGAAAAGUUAAGAAGAUAGACAAUGAAAUAGAGAAGCACAUGGAACUCUUCAAUGAGCUCAGAGAGAACCCUGCAGAUAUUAAUGCUAUUGUUGCAAGACGACGGAAGGAUUUCACUGGGGAGUUCUUCCGCCAUCUUAAUUUCCUUGUGAAUGCUUAUAAUGGCCUUGAUGAGCGAGAUGGUCAACAUAUUCUAAUGAACAUGGGGUUACUGGUCAGUACCAAAUUCUUGUCGUGUGAAUUGGCAGGAAUAGUCAGGCUUGGAGCCAAAUGCCUAUCUGCAAUUCAUGCAUAUGAUUGUACACUGGAACAGUUGGAUAUCGAAUCUGCUCAGUUGAAGUUUGAUGAUAUACUGAAUUCCUCUUCACUAGAUGGUGCUUGUGACAAGAUCAAAAGCUUAGCCAAGGCUAAAGAACUUGAUUCAUCUCUAAUUCUUCUUAUUAACAGAGCUUGGGCUGCUGCAAAAGAAUCUAAAACUAUGAACGAUAAGGUCAAGGACAUAAUGUAUCAUAUUUAUACAACUACAAAAGAAAGCCUCAAGAGCAUCUCACCUCCUGAGAUGAAGCUUCUGAAGUAUUUGCUGAAUAUUGAAGAGCCUGAGGAGAGAUUUGGUGCUCUUGCAACUGCUUUCUUUCCUGGAGAUGAGCAUGAAGCCAAGGAUGAAGAUGCUCUUUACACAACUCCCAAAGAACUCCACAAAUGGAUCAAAAUGCUGCUCGAUUCAUACCAUCUCAACAAGGAGGAGACGGAUUUUAUGGAUGGGAGAAAGAUGAGCGACCCGGUGAUCAUCCAAAGGUUAACUUUGCUGAAGGAGACGAUCGAGGAAGAAUACAUGAAGCAGUAUAUACAUCCUGAGGAGGAAUCCAUGGACGACAACUAGCACCAGAAGGGUGAACGAGCCUGUCUGUAUGUGUAAGCCGACUUGGAACGAUGCUGACGAUCCAUAAGUAGAUAGCGGAUGCCCUGCUGCUUUUAUUUAUUUACGAGUGAUGGAUUGUAAAUUGUAGCAUGCCAAUGGCAUUAUCAUAAGAAGGGACUUUCUGUUACAAGUGUAAAGCUCGGGAUUGGUUUUGUUCUUAAGUUCGCAAUUUUACCGGUUUUGAAAUA